UAAAAGAAUACGUGACACUACUUUCUGCAAGGAUACGACAUCCAACUGUUGGAUUAAUCUUGAGAGGCAUCGAGCCAGUGGAACAGCUACACACCGAAACGUGACGGUACGUCCACACAACACUCUAAUCGAAAGCAAGGGAUGAAGAAAACAGUAAAGAUUUUACAUGUUUUGGGUUCACCCUCGGAUGAAUUCAGCUUCAAGUUAACCAUGCUGUACGGAGGUUCGUUUCCCGAAGAAAUGCAGUCCCCAAAACAUGAUUAUUGUUUUGUUUACGCCCUCGUGAGACCAGCUGGUUCCUGGUCAUUUGCGGAAAGACUGUCUGAUACUGUGGAUUUGACAAAAUUGGAGGAAAGAGGAAACAUUCUCAAGAAGAUGGACAUCACUGCUGCCUUGCAGCACAUUAAACAUGUGAUACAACCAGAUAUGGCUCUACUCCAUUUUGUUUGUUUAAAAGGAAUGACAACUUACAGGGCGCUCUUUGAUGCAUUGGAUAUUCCAUUAGUAGGUGGAUCAGUGGAAUCACGAUAUCUUUCCAUGGACAAACUGACCACACGCGGUGUUUUAGUUUCUUACGGCGAUGUUUCCUGUCCUGAUGGAUUUAUUUACCACAAAGGUGACCCGCUAGAAUGUGAACGUGUUACGUAUCCAUGUGUUGUUAAAGCAAGUAAAGGAGAAGACACCAAAGCGGUGCGAUUAGUGAAAGACUCCAAGGUGCUCAACGCAGCUAUUGAGCAUGCGUUAUCGUAUUCAGAUCAUGUGAUCAUUGAAAGGUACGUAGAGGGACGGGAAAUUCGCUGCGCUGUUGUUGAAUCAGCAGCAAAUGGAGAAUUAAAAGCUUUGUCGUGCAUCGAGUAUAAAGUACGAGAAAAUGACAUUCGAAGAACUGAAGACAAGCUCGGCUGCAAUGAAAAAGGAUUACCUGUUGGUGAAUCUCCAGAAACUAAAACUUGGUUCCUUGAUCCCAGAAAAGAGGAGAUGCUGAUACAUCGUAUUCAACAACAAAGUUGCCGAGCUUUUCGAGAGUUAGGUUUACAGGAUUUUGGUGUAUUCGACUUCCGAGUAGACGUUGAAGGAAAUCCAUUCUUCCUAGAAUGCAAUUUAUGCUGUUCCUUUGGUCCACGGAGCGUUGUUAAUAUAGUCGCCAAGGAUUCAGGUUUUACAGAUGAAAGUUUGUUUGACAUGAUGGUGGAGAAUACUUUGCUGCGCAAGCGUAAACAAGAGAAUAACAAUUUUAAUCUGUGAUAAAGUCAACGAAAUGACGACACUAACAAAAUGUAAGGAAGCGUUGUGAUACAAAAUAAGUCAUUCAGUUUUCUCUUUUUUGAAUUGUCUUUAGUUUCCAAGAAAGGGAAUUUAUCU